AUGGCAGAAGCUUCUGUUCCUCAAGAUCUUUCGUCUUAUGAGUACGAACCUUCCUGUCCUUUGCCCAGUGGAAGAGAAGCCAGGGACCACGUUAUAAGCAAAGGAUCUUGCCAGCCAAGAGAUAUAAAUUUUCCUUUGGAUAACCGGAAUCGUAAGUUUCUAGUAUCGUGGUAUGAGAAAUUUCCUUGGUUAGAGUAUUCUGUCUCGUUGGAUAAAGCUUUUUGUUUCGUCUGCAGAGUGUUCAACGCACAGGUGAGUUAAUUGUGUGAUUUGCGCUUUAAUUAUUUUCCUAAGUUAGUCCUAACCUUGUUAAGUUGUUUACACUUAAUGCGUACCGUUUAAUUUGCAAUUAUACAUGGACCAUGGCCCUGGUAGUGUUUAAUUAUAUAUCAAAAUGCGAUGUGUAAUACUCAAUACUGUUGUUUUAAAUAAUUACUAAUUAUCGCAAAAGUAUGAAAAGUUCCACAAACAAACUAUAAUUCAUCCUCUCUAGCUGUAUCGUCAAAUAGUUGAUAUGUAUUAUAAAAUACAAGAAACGCUUCUUAUAUUAUGACAACGUAAAACAAUGACAUUUGUCUUCUUUGCAUGCAGACGUCGUCAAGGAGUGAACCUACCUUCAUCAAACGCCAGUUUUGCAUAAAAAUGUCGGUGAUAUGGUGGUAAUCCUGGUAAUACGUUUAUUCCUAAGAAACAAUUGAGUGACGCGUAUAAAGUUAACACAAAACUGAAUGGGGACACCGCGAGGAUAAGAAUUCUUUAAACAAAGGGGUGUUUAAAGAAUUUCUUGAACAUAUAGCAAAGUCUGAUUCUCUUAUUGAAGAUCAUUUACGAAAUUCUGCAGGUAACUAUAUCAUUCACUGGUUCAGUAACGUUAAGGUUACUACGAAUUUUCGGUGGAAUAUAGGGAUAUAUGAAACUGCAUGAUAAUAGAAUGGAAUAAGGAAUAAUAAAGAUAAACUGAAGUCGUAAUUAUGAUAAUUCUGUAAUUAUUUCUUUUUAUCGAUUUCAGAAAACGCUAAAUACACUAGCCCUGAGAUCCAAAAUCAGUUGAUCAAGGUGGUUGGUUCAGCUAUAUUAGACGAAAUCAUACGUCGUGUCAAAGGAGCCGAGAUGUAUGCAAUCAUUGCAGAUGAGACACCAGAUCUUAGUAAAACGGAACAGUUAGCUGUACUUGUUCGCUAUGUCUGGAAUGGAGUGAUAGAAGAACGUCUUUUAGCUGUAGAACCUAUGGAAGAAACCACAGCUGAAGCGCUUUUCCAUACCAUCCGAGAGAAAUUACAACAGUGUGGGAUAGAAUUUUCAAACAUGCGUGGACAAUGUUAUGAUGGUGCAAGUAACGUGUCUGGAAUCCAUACCGGACUGCAAGCACGCAUCAAAGAGAUUUCCCCGUCAGCAAUUUACACACAUUGCUAUGCUCAUGUUUUAAAUCUGGUCAUCGUGGACACAAUGAGUAACAAUAGUAUAGCAAGAGAUUUCUUUGGAACGUUGCAAAAUCUAUACGUGUUCAUCGAAACUUGCACAAACAUGCUGUGUACUUGAAACACCAGAGAAAGUUGAAUGCGUCAGAUGAUGAAGGAAAAAAGAAGCGUGAGUACGUUCUGAAGAAAUUGUCUGAUACAAGAUGGGCAUAUCGGGCGGACAGCAUCACCGCAAUUUACCACACACUCGAAGCUGUCAUCGCGACUCUAAAAGAGAUCAGAGAAAAUGAAAAGAAGGCUCACAUUGCAGCAGAAGCAAAGGGGUUGUUUCAGAACGUCUGUGAUUUUGAAUUUGUUUUGGCUUUGGAGGUACUGUUUUGAUGACAAACGUACCGUGAUUUAUAUUUUAUUCAUUUUUAUUUUUAAUGAAAAUUUAAUGAUGUGAGUUGAUCAUUUUUAUUAAGGUGCUGAAGAAAGUCCUGCUACUCAGUAAGGGAGUGUCAGAUAAGCUGCAGUCAGAGGACUUGGAUGUCGUCACCGGCUGCGAAAGAGUUGCUGAUCUGCUAAGCACAGUACAGGCUCUACGAUGCGAGCCCAAAUUUGAGGAAUUUUGGGAAACUACUGUUAGAAAAUGUCGCAGCUUGAAUAUCGAAGAACCAAGACAAGAGCGUACCCACAAACUUCCUAGGAGGAUCGACGAUAAUCCUGACACAGCAGUCCAUCUUACGUCGAAAGACAAGUUUGGAAUUUCCUUUUACUAUAAUGUAGGUUAUAUGAAUAAUGAAUUGUUCUGGAAACAUGCAUUCCAAUCGCUUAUAAAAAUAUUUACAGCUAUGUAUUUUUCGAAAUCUAGGUACUUGAUCUUAUGGUUAGCUCCAUUGAAAGUCGAUUUGACAAGAAUAACGCACCAGUUUUGAUGGGUCUCGGAUACUUAAAUCCUUCUCGGAUAGGCAAUCCAGAAGCUUGGAAACAUAUUUCUGUCGCGGCCCAAUGGUUCCAAUGCGAUCUUGAUGUUGAUGAAGUAGAGAGCGAAAUAUUUUCCCUACAGACAUCGUCGCUGCUUGCUAACAUCCUCGAGAAGGCAAAAUUAGAGAAGAGAAAAGCCAGUUUCGACGACCUGUUCAAAGCAUUGCAAGCUGAACCCGAAUGCUAUGGAAAUUUAACAAAGCUGAUGAAAAUUGCUUUGACACUGCCCGUCACAUCAACAAGUGCCGAAAGGACAUUUUCGAAGCUAAAGUUGAUAAAGUCUCGACUUAGGACAACCAUGCAGCAGGAAAGACUGAAUAGUCUGAUGCUGAUGUCCAUCGAAGACGACUU